UGAUUCCUCAGUCACGAGAAUCUUGUGACCUUGUCAAGACCUGAGGCCCAUACCGCACUAACCCCGUAAAAGCUUAGGGUCAACCGGCUCUAAGAAACGGAGUGGGACCUCCGUCCCGGGACCUCGUUUGUUUCUCAACGGCUCCGGAAAAAAGAUUCUUCUUGUCUGGGCAGACGUGAGGGCAUCACGAAACCACCACAACAAACAAAGUUCCAAGGCUAAGAGGUGGAACAACAAAGGCACAUACUGUUGUAGUCUGUCACAUAUACCAACAAUGGCAUCUCGCGCCAUCAUCCCCCGCUUUCUUCUCCCUCUUCAGGGUCCUCUGUGGCGUGGUCUCAGCAUCCCGCUCUCGCAGAACAGCAUCCGAAUUCGCUUUGCCUCUUCGUCCUCAAAGGGAAAGCCCAUUGUUCUCGAGAAGCCCGCUCGCUUCAAUCCUCCUUCUCAUGGUUCUCGCCUCAAGAAGAACCAUGUGCCUAAGCAUUACGGCCCUGAGCUCACCGCUUCAGAGGUCGCUGCUCAGAACAAGAAGCAUUAUCCUGGAAUGAUGGCUCCCGAGGGAACAUGGGAGCACUUUUUCUGGCACAGUAGGCUUUUGCAUACUUUCAUCACCAUGGGAACUCUUUUCGCCCUUGGUGUUUUCACCUUCUUCAUGAACUACGCCUACAACUCCCCAUACAAGGAGCUCGUACCUCCCAUCUCAGACCUCUGGACGCACCCUCUUCACUUCUUCGUCGCCUGGAAGAACGUUAUCGUCUUGCACGAGAAGGACAAGGCCGAGAAAGCCAGGGACCACCGAACGAACCACCUCGACGAUGUAGCCAAGCGCCGACUUUUCAUGAAGAUGCACGGAAUCGAGACCAAGGACCCUGUGACUGUUGUGUUUGGCAAGGGUGAGGAGGAUCCCAAGCCCGAGCAAACUGCCGUGGAAGAGGAGCCAGUGCAAAAGACUGAGGUGCAAGAGAAGGUUGAAGAGCCCAAGAAGAAGUGGUUUGGUGUCUUGUAAGAUGCCUAUGUAAAAACAGAGAUGCAAGAAUCUGCAUGUAUGAUAUAGCUGUAGCAUAACGAUCCCCAUGCCCAGGGAUCA